AUGUGGAAAUACAGAACAAAAUUCAUCGCUCGCUUGUUUGGGGCGAAGUCUGUCGUACGACCGGCCGCUUCUUCAAGUUCGUGCAUUUCACGCUACUCUUCAACGGCACCUUACAGUACUAGUACAAGCGACCGAAACAAGUUCCUUUUCACUUCAGAGUCUGUUUGUCCAGGACAUGCUGAUAAAAUGUGUGAUCAGAUUUCCGAUGCCAUUUUGGAUGCUCAUUUAGAACAAGAUCCGUUUGCAAAAGUUGCUUGCGAAGCUGCAACCAAGACUGGAAUGGUGAUGGCUUUUGGGGAAAUCACCUCGUCAGCACGAGUAGAUUAUCAAGCCGUGAUACGAAACACCGUUAAAGAAAUUGGCUACGAUGAUUCUUCCAAAGGCUUUGACUACAAAACGUGCAGUGUUUUGUUAUCGCUGGAGGAGCAAGUUGGGGAGAUUGCCCGAAGCGUACAUUUAAACAAGAAAGAGUUGGAAGUAGGGGCAGGCGACCAAGGUUUAAUGUUUGGCUAUGCAACUGAUGAAACUGAAGAGUUAAUGCCUCUUACAACUGUACUGUCCCACAAACUGACUAAAAAACUUAGAGACUGCAGAGUGGAUGGGACUUUGCCGUGGCUAAGACCGGAUGGAAAAACUCAGGUGACUGUGGAGUAUAGUAUGGAAGAUGGCGCAUGUGUCCCACAACGGGUGCACACUGUUUUGAUCUCCAGCCAGCAUGCAGAUGGAGUACCAGUGGAGGAAAUUCGACACCAUUUCAAAGAGACUGUCAUAAAAGGUGUCAUCCCUGAAAAAUACCUGGAUGAAAGAACUGUUUUCCAUCUACUACCCUCUGGGCAAUUUCUUUAUGGGGGUCCUAUGGGUGAUGCCGGCCUUACUGGUCGCAAAAUUAUUGUAGAUACAUAUGGGGGUUGGGGUGCACACGGAGGCGGGGCCUUCUCAGGAAAAGAUGCAACCAAGGUAGAUAGAUCGGCAAGUUAUGCGUGCAGGUGGAUUGCAAAGUCGUUAGUUGCAGCAGGGCUUUGUAGGCGCGUUUUAGUGCAAGUAGCGUAUGCAAUAAGCAUCCCUGAGCCCUUGUCAGUUUCUGUCUUCAGCUAUGGAAGCAGUGAGUUACCUGAUGAUGAGCUUCUAAGAAUUAUUCAGAAGAAUUUUGAUCUCAGGCCCGGUGCAAUCAUUAGGGACCUUGAUCUGCGUAAACCCAUUUUCAAAGCCACUAGUGUCUUUGGUCAUUUCAAGCCUGGUUUUCUGUGGGAGGAGCCAAAAAAAUUGGACUUUUAA